CCUACUCCACGUGACUGGCGGUUUGGAAAAGUUGCUGUGAGGACCUGCUACUGCUCUUCCAUCGAAACAGCAGCUGUGGCGCGCUAGUAGUCUAGCACUGCGAACGACUUUGAAAGUGAAAGUUCAUGGACUCACGGUGAUAUCCUUUGAGGCUUUGACGCUUGAACCACACGUGAAACAGUCGCCUAACAAGAAAGGAGAGCUGACGAACUCCUCCAUCUACCCUCUCUCUCUCUGCGACUCUCCCCCUCCCCCAAGAUGAGUGCCAAGUCAGCCAUCAACAAGGCGGUGUUCACGCCCCACGAUGAGAAGAUGCUUGCAGCCGUGCAGGUGAAGAGGAGGACCAAGAAGAAGAUCCCCUUCCUGGCUACUGGAGGACAGGGAGACUACAUGACCUUCAUCUGCCUCUCAGUGACUAAUAAGAAGCCUUCCCAUGUGUCCAUCACCAAGGUGAAGCAGUUCCCAGGUUCAUCGUCCUUCGCCAAGAGGUCAAUGUGGACCAUCGACCAGCUGAGACAGGUCAACGGCUGUGACCCCAACAAAGACUGUCCAGAGUUUGACUUGGCAUUUGACAAUGCCUUUGACCAGUGGGUGGCUGGCUCGGCCGGCGAAAAGUGCACCUUUAUCCAGAUCCUCCACCACACCUGCCAGCGCUACAGCUCUCAGAGCAAGCCAGAAUUUGUCAACUGUCAGUCCAAACUGCUGGGAGACGAUGAAACUGUAGAUUCAGUCGUUUUCCGUUGCAAGGUCUUUUUGAGCAGAAUGAGGAAAGAAGUUGUUUUAAACAGUCGACGCCAAGGUCGCCGGCUACUCUUAGAAGGUAACAGUAUACUCCACUCUGCAGCAGACAGUGUGACCAGUGCUGUACAGAAGGCCAGCCAGGCUCUGAACGAGCGAGGGGAGCGGUUAAGCCGGGCGGAGGAGAAAACAGGGGAGAUGAAGAACAGUGCUGAGCAGUUCUCAGUCACCGCACACAAGCUGGCCAUGAAGCACAAGUGUUAAACCAUUGCUAAGCCUUCGGGAGUAGGGGUCCGCCAAGAGCGCCAGACGCCAUUAAGGACGGAUUUCUGAUUUUAUUAUUCUUACAACUUUUAACAUGCUUACUCUUGUUAACAACGGUAACAUUUACAUUUUGUGUUGUUGUGUAGCUACCUUGUUUCUAAUGAAGAAUAUAUGAUGACGUUGAGGGGGGAGAGCUCAGACAGUUAAGAGCAAAAGUUUCACAGCUAACUCCUCUUUCACUGCCCAAAGUACUCCAUGACUUUAUGUAGGCAAACCAUGGAAAUGGUCACUGCCAUCCCCAACCUAGACAAACACACACACACACACACAUUCCAGAUUCCCCCCCCGACACACACAAAAAAAAAGGAGCAACUCUUCAACUCCGCUGUCUCUCUCAAAGAAGUAACUUUAUAUAUAUACAGUGUUGGAAAAGGAGAAUUUAACAAGACAGAAGAGAUUGGAUGACGUGACACAUGCGUAUCACAUGAUGGCUAUUUCCUGUACUUGGAGACAACAAUGUACAUCCCUGUAUGUGAACAUUAACUUGUUAAAAAAUGUUAGAUCUCUUUUGCCAUUUGACUAUUUGACAUCACACUGUUGUAAAGGCUCAUUGGUGCAUUCAUUCAUUGCAGACAUAAUACUAGCCAAAUGUGUGACGGACAUGCUGCUUCAAAAACCUCCUGCUGGAAGACUAUAUUUCAACUAAAGAUGGUAUGAAAUGUGCUGUUUUCCAACUAAAAAGUCUGAGUGACCAAGUGUUCAGGUGCAUGAUCUCUGUCAAAAGGUUGAAUGAAACCUACAGAGUAAAGACGAGCAUUUAGGCUUUACUUUUGGUAACAUUUCCGAAGGGUUAUUGAAGCACUUGGUUGUAAGAACAAGAUCAGACUGUUUAUUGUAAGGUGAAAGACUAGAGUGCCAUUUGUAAAAUAGCUUCAACUGUUGUUAACAAGCUUAUAAACCUGUAAAUUCAUUCUACCACAAUCUCUGAAAAUAAUAUUUCCAUUCUAACUUGGUCACAUCUUGUAAUUCUUGUUUAAUUGGGGUUUAUGAAAUGUUUUCUGUAAAACAGCUGACUGACACGUCUUCACUAGCGGCAUUGUACAGUAUUGGUGUCCAUUCACUGACUGUAACCGUGGCUUCAUCACAAACAAGUAACCACCCACAGUGUGGGUAUGUUUAUUACUUUUAGAUUCUAUAUGUCUUGCUGUUACAGUGCACGGACAACCUUACCUUGCAGAGCACUGUUAAGUUCUUCAUGAAAUUCUCGUUGCCUCAACUUCUAGUCUGCUUUAGUCCUAACAUUUUGGAUAUUCAUUGUUUUUAAUAAAAAAUAUUGAAACUAUGUAUUAUGGUUCUGAAAGUUUUGGGGGUUUUUGCUAGUGCAAGCCUCUUAGUUGGUCUCAGUGAAUACGUUAUUAUCCUUCACUUUUCAUAGGACCAGAUGAGGUCCCUAAACAAAGUGCAAUGGUUCUAUAUUGGUGCCUUUUUAAAGAGUCUUUCAUUAGUUCUUCAACAGCAUGUGGUUUAACUUGAGCAGUCUGAUUGUGUUAUGACAACACUCGUGGUAACCCAGGCGAACAGUGCCUUGCUAUAUUGAUAACCAAAGGGAGAAAGUAAAGUAUGUUUUGUACCAGGUUUGAAAGAGGGUGUUGCUUAAGAUGUAUGGUGCUUGUUGGAAGUGAAUUGUAUGAGGAAUACAGAAGAAGAAAAUGCUGAAUAGGUGGUUAUUACAGAAUGAAUAGGUGGUUAUUACAGAAUGAAUAGGUGGUUAUUACAGAAGGUCUCAAUACUAGUCAAAUCUAAUACAGACACCAUUAUUUUCAAUUAAACAUAACAGACCAAAACGUUUUAGUUUGAAUGUAACAUAUUGAGGUAUUUCAAAACAUCCGUCUCGUUGUCUAUAUCAGAUUGCAUCUAAAUAAAUAGAAAUUGUCUCAA